CCCACACUUCCUGCUCAAACCACAAUAUGCCCCUCCUUCUGAAUUAAAUGCUCUUCAAAGCCCGGAUGAUCACUGCGGCGCAGCAAAACCCAAUGAAGAGGAACGGGUGAGAUAUCGGCUCUCUAAACGGUCAUUUUCCUGAGGAGAAUAGCAGCCCAAUGACAGCUGAGAUUGAGGAUGCCCUAGUAUGAGCCGGAGGAGCAGUAGCAGCCCCAGCCUGUGGACCGUACUGCCUCAGAGUGGCCCUGCACCAUGUGAACGCUACAAGCACGCCUGCUGCUCCUACGGGGACAGUGUCUUUGUGUUGGGAGGGAGGGAGAGCCACUCGCUCAGGGACUUCUGGAGGUAUAAUGUUGUACGCAAUGAGUGGACAGAGUUGGACUGUAGCUGUGAGGCAGCACCUGAGGAGCUUCAGGAACAUUCCAUGGUGGCCCAUCAGGGUGUUCUGUAUGUCUUCGGUGGAAUGAUUGAUUCUGCGUACACUAUAUGGAAAACCCCCCUCUGGGUGUUUGAUAUUGUGAAAGAGCAGUGGGUGUCCUGGCAGGAUAGGAACCCCCCUCAGAAUCAGGUGCCAGUCAACAGGAAGGGCCACAGUGCCGUGGUGUUUAGCUCUGCCAUGUACAUCUACGGAGGAUACAUUGACAUGAGAGCCUCAUCACAGGAGUUUUGGAAGUUAGAAUUUGACACUAUGUUGUGGUCUCUGCUGGACUGUACCCAGUCAGAGGUGGGUCCUGGUCCCAGACACAGCCACUCUGCCAUGACACACCUGGACUGCAUGUACCUUUUCGGGGGUCUGAGAGGCCUGAGGGAGCAGAGGGAUCUGUGGAGAUGGAACUCUACCAGUCAUUCCUGGAGCUGUCUCAACGCCACAUCAGGCCCCUCUAAGCUGGUGGGCCACUCAACUGUGGUCUACCGGGACAGCAUGCUUCUGUUUGGAGGAGGAGAGAGCCAGCACACACCCAGGAGCUGUCUAUGGAGGUACAGCUUCACCACCCAGACCUGGGGGAAGCUAGCCGUGCUACCCGGCUCCAACCCACCUCCCCACAGGAUCUACCACUGCUGUGCUGGCCUUGGCCCUAGCUACCAGCCUUCCGUGACCACAACCACCAGCACCACCCUGAUCCCCAGCACCACCAUCAGAAACAGACUUGACAGCAAGAUACGGCCGUUCAAGAACAAAUGCUUCCCAUCCUCCUCAAAGACAGAGGGCACUAUAGAGCUGGAGACGUUUAGUAGCUCGGAGAAGCUAUUGACUGAAGUGGAGGACUAUUGUAAUGGUCUAAGUGAGAAUGACACUCAGCGGUUUGGGAAUUGUCUGACCUUUGAGAACCAGGAGGCCUUCAGUAAGCAGUGGAGCUGUGAGAAUAUAGAGGAGGAUGGUUCAGGUAAACCAGAGGAGAGCCAUGAGAGCAUAGCACAAAACCUGCCUGAUUUGCUACUGGUGCUGGGGGGAAAGCCCUUAGUUAGACACACAGUCAUCUCUGUGUGGCAGAUGACAUUGGCUGACUUCUGAGUUUUGACCUCUGACCCAGAGAGAGAGAGGGAUGGCAUUUUAUAAACUACAGUGCCUUGGAGAGUAUUCAUCCCCCUUAGCGUAUUUCCUAUUUUGUUGCGUUACAACCUGUAAUUUAAAUAGAUUUUUGGCGGGAGUUCAUGUAAUGGACAUACACAAAAUAGUCCAAAUUGGUGAAGUGAAAAAAAUUACUUAUUUAAAGAAGAAUAAUAAUAAAUGGAAUAGUGGUGCAUAUGUAUUCACCCCAUUUGCUAUGAAGCCCCUAAAUAAGAUCUGGUGCAACCAAUUACCUUCAGAAGUCACAUAAAUAGUUAAAUAAAGUACACCUGU